CUCUCAUCUAUUCUCUCCUCUCUAUCGUCUCAUUCUCUUCUAAUUCUUAGAGCCUCCUCCUCUUAUAUUUUUGGGAUUAUUAUGAGAAAACCGGAGGCAAAGUUUUCAGGCAUGGAGUCAGCGUUUUCAGAAGUCAUUGUGGGAUGGACCAUUUCUGUAAUCAGCAGAGUGCAAUGUAGAUGUAAUCACAUCUUCAAUCUUCUCUUAAUCAUGGGCUAAAUUCUUAAAAAAAUUUGGUGGUGCACUGGUGGUAGCUGCAAGACAGUGGCAAUGAUGGUGGCCUCUGGGUAGGUGAAGCUAGUAAUAGUUGUAGUGGCGAAGACAGUGACAUAAUGUUUUAGUUGCACGGUAGUGGUGGUGGUGGUGAUGUUAGAUGAGAGGCAAUGACUAUGGUAGUGAUGGCAGCAGUUACAUCUAGGUUGUUGAUGAAAGAAAUCAAAGUGGUGCAAUGGUGGUAGUCAGGGCAGUGUCUCUAGCUUCAGGUGACAGAAAAGCCUAAAAUAGUGAUGAUGCCACUGUGGCCCUGGUGGAGUGGAGAUGGUGGUGGUCCCAGUCGUAUCAAUGCAGUGAUGAUAUAUUGUCUACUUUGAACAACCUAUAUUUCAUAAAUGGUUUUGCUAAAUUUCAAUUAAUAUUUGGAACAGGCCCGUGCUCAGGGUGGGGCACUUAUUAAUUCGGUUUGGCAAUUAGUCACUAAGAUAUAACGAAGGGGUGGAAAAAGAGAGGGGACUUUUAUUUAUCUGUAAUGGCUUGAGAAAAUGUGAGUUUCUGGAAUUUGGUUCCACUGGGUUAGUUGCAGGCUCAUAUUGCUGAUCAAGUUUUGUACUUGACCCCGAAAAAUGUAGUCGUCUAAGCUUGGGAGAGAAAAGAGAACUAGUUCAUGAAAUUGCUCAGUGGUCGAAAGAUGCCCCAGAGAUUCUUCGUUCAUUUACUCGCAGAGAGCUUCUUGAAAUCAUCUGUGCUGAAAUGGGUAAAGAGAGAAAGUACACUGGAUUCACAAAGUUUAGAAUGAUAGAGCACCUGCUAAAGUUAAUUUCUAAGAAGUCCAAGAACAGAACUGAUAACUCUAUUGCUUCUUCCCCAGCCAAAACUCAAAUUGGAUCCAAACGACAGAGAAAGAAAGAAAACCCACUUCAACCACGUACUGACCUGGAUCAUUUUUCCCCAGAGAAAUGCAAAGAAGUUAAAACCCUGCUCUGUCAGAACCUUGCAUGCAGAGCUAGUUUGAGUCCAGAGGAUGCUUUUUGCAAGAGAUGUUCUUGCUGUAUCUGUCAUCAGUAUGAUGAUAACAAGGAUCCUAGUCUAUGGUUGACCUGCAGUUCAGGUUCUCCUAACAAGGAUGACUCUUGUGGCAUGUCAUGCCAUCUGACAUGUGCUCUGAAGCAUGAAAGAACUGGCAUUACGAAGAAUGGCUGUCGUCCAAAGUUGGAUGGGGAAUUCUAUUGUGCUUCUUGUGGGAAAAUUAAUGGACUAUUGAGAACCUGGAGAAAACAGUUAAUGGUUGCCAAGGAGGCUAGAAGAGUAGAUGUACUAUGUCUGCGUGUCUUCCUGAGCCACAAGAUUCUCAAAGGAACUGAGCAAUACAAGGACCUGCAAAAGACUAUGGAAACUGCCGUGAAAAGGCUGAAGAAUGAAGUGGGGCCUCUUGAUCGAGUGUGCACAAAGAUGGCACGUGGGAUUGUCAACAGGCUCUCCUGUGGUGCAGAGGUUCAGAAAUUGUGCACUUCUGCAGUAGAAGCUUUUGAUUCCAUGUUUCCUGACCCUUACCCUGCUGAUAUAGAGCAGAAAGAACAAGCAGGGAUGCAGAUACGAUUUGAAGAAUGUUCCCCAACUUCAGUGGUCAUUGUACUAGGAUAUGAAGACCAUUUGUUGGAGGAAUUCUUAGGCUGCAGGCUGUGGCAUCGGAAGUCUACUAUGAAGGAUUAUCCAGAAAAACCCACUUAUAUUGUACUGAGGCCAGAAAAACGAUUCCAGGUGACUGAUCUCAAUCCUUCAACUGAGUACUUGUGUAAGGUUUCCCUGUUCAGCAGCACAAGGGUUUUGGGUGUUUGGGAAGCCAAAUGGGUCACACCCUCAUUAAGCAGAAGCUCUGUCUCAGCUUUAGAUGAUGAACAUGGAAGGGGAGAGAAUACCUUAAUGCUUCAAGAAUAUUCUCAGAUGGAUUCAACGAAUUCUAGUGAUACUAAAUUGGUCUCCUGUGACCACUCUGAGAAGCUUAGAUCACUGGAUGACAUCAACAAGAACAAGAAUUCUGGAUUCCACAUACUGCCUCCUUCCAUGGAGGCUGUUCCUUUACUGAUCCCCUCAUCAGUUCCUCCUUCCACACCAUCUAAAACUGAUAAAAUGCAUGAAGUUCCGGGCUUGGGUAGCAAGAAGCAGAUCAGAGAGAGUGACUAUGAAUACUCUGUCAGAGUUAUCAAAUGGUUAGAAUGCCAAGGGCACAUAGCUGAAGAUUUUAGAGUGAAAUUUCUCACUUGGUUCAGCUUGAAAGCAACAAUGCAAGAAAGAAGGGUGGUUAGUGUUUUUGUGGAUACUCUGAUUGAUGACCCGCCAAGUUUGGCUGAGCAGCUCAUCCAUUCCUUCAUGGACGAGAUUUGUUAUGACCAGAAAUCGGUUUCUAAGCAAGGGUUCUGCGCUAGCCUUUGGCACUGAACAAUGAACAGUGAAAUUUAUCUUAUGUGAAAAUUAUAUGGACUAGUUAAUCCAUCCAGUAGUGUUUUUUUUUUUUUUUUUUCUCUUCCUUUAGGUGGGAAAGGAGAUUCUGAAUUAGUUGAUCCAUCUAGGCUUGUUCACGGAAGAGAUUCAUGAGGUUGAUGACCCAAGUAUUUUGGGGGUGGGGGGGCAGGAAGGCAGAGUUAUCAAGCCCUUGAUAAUUUCUUCAAGCAAGAAAAUGUGAAGUUCUUUGACCAUGAUUUCUGGUAACUACUUGGUUGUGUUUGGAUUACAGGUUCAAUUUGCAAAAGCACAAAGCAGUUGUAGAUAAUGCUUCUUGAUUUCACCUCAAAAAACCUUGUUUUUACUAUGGUUUACAGUAGUGAUAAAUUGAGUUCCUCAAGCUUUGUAGCUGAGGGAUAUGCA